CUCGUUUUCCCUUCUGGUUCUGCUUCCUCUAGAGAGAUAUUUCCAUACUUGGUUGUGGUGAUUGGCCUGGAGAACGUGUUGGUUCUCACUAAGUCUGUCGUCUCUACGCCCGUGGACCUGGAAGUGAAGCUCCGCAUUGCCCAAGGCUUGAGUAAUGAGAGCUGGUCCAUCAUGAAGAACAUGGCCACGGAGCUUGGGAUCAUCCUCAUUGGCUAUUUCACCCUUGUCCCGGCCAUCCAGGAGUUCUGCCUCUUCGCCGUUGUUGGCCUGGUGUCCGACUUCUUCCUGCAGAUGUUUUUCUUCACCACGGUGCUGUCCAUCGACAUUCGCCGUAUGGAGGUAAGGAAGGCGGAGGGCACCAGCUCGUGGCUUGGCUUUGUCUGCUCUGCUGCUGCAGGAUGCUUUGAGGGCAGCUUAGCCUUUGAUUUUCACCCUCAUCCUUGUCCUCAUCCUCGUCCUCGCACCCUGCAGCCCUCGUCCUUCCGCAACCUGCGCCUGCCCAAGCGCCUCCGCGUCAUCUACUUCUUCGCCAGGACCCGCCUGGCCCAGCGGCUCAUCAUGGCCGGGACCGUGAUCUGGAUUGGGAUCCUGGUCUACACGGAUCCUGCCGGGCUCCGCACCUACCUCACAUCACAGGUCACUGAGCAGAGCCCGCUGGGCGAAGCCGGUCUGCCUCCGAUGCCCGUUCCCGGGGGCGUCCUGCCCGCCGGGGACCCCAAGAUCGAUCUCUCGGUCUUCCCGUCGGACCCCGUGCAGCUCUCGGAGAACCAGAGCCAGCAGCGUGAGCAGAAGCCGGGGCUGGACACCAGCCAGCACACGUGGGCCCAAGGAGCGGAGGGCAGAGGGAAUGGGCCGGAGCUUGGCACGGAAGCGGAGGUGACCUGGGGAGCAGAGGAUGAGGAGAUCUGGAGGAAGCUCUCCUUUCGACACUGGCCGUCCCUCUUCAGCUACUACAAUAUCACCCUGGCCAAGAGGUACAUCAGCAUCCUCCCGGCGAUCCCCGUCACGCUCUACCUGAACCCGCAGGAGGCCUUGGAAGUGCGGCACCCCCAGGAGACCAGGCGCUACCACCCGUUCCUGGCCGCGGGCGCCGGGAAGCCGGACGCUGCCGCUCAGCCCGAGCAAGCGGCACCCAAGGGCCAAGGGCACCGGGACGUCACCCUCUACAAGGUGGCGGCGCUGGGCCUGGCCGCGGGCAUCAUCCUGGUGCUGCUGCUGUUCUGCCUGUACCGGGUGUUCUGCCCCAAGAACUACGGGCAGAACGGGCACAGCCGCAGGAAGAGGGGGGACCUGCCCUGUGACGACUACGGCUACUCCCCGCCCGAGACCGAGAUCGUCCCCUUGGUGCUCAGGGGCCACCUCAUGGACAUUGAAUGUCUCGCUAGUGACGGGAUGCUGCUCGUCAGCUGCUGCCUCGUGGGCCAGAUCCGCGUGUGGGAUGCUCAGACCGGAGACUGCCUCACCGUGAUUCCCAAACCAAGGUUGCGAAGAGACAGCAGCGGCAUUUUUGAUUACCAGGAGGGCUGGGAUCAGAGCCCGGAUGGCAAGAACGGCCUGGACGACUCCUUGGAGAACGGCCACCAGCUCAAGAGGCUGCUGCUCCCCCCGCAGCCCCCGCUCGACGAGGGCGGCUGCGGCCGCAGGAAGAGCCUGGGGGAGGAGACGUUCCCUGCGUUCGACAAGGCCUCCCCGGCCUCCUCCUGGGGAGGAGACUUGGAAAGCUCCGUGUGGAGCCUGGACCUGCAGGGCAACCUCAUCGUGGCUGGCCGGAGUAACGGGAAGCUGGAGGAUUGGGCUGCAGAGUCUGCUAUUGCACAGAUGCA